GAAGAAAACAAAAUGAAGACUUAUUUCUAAAGGUGUCCACAGUCAGGACAGACUGACAGAUUCAGAGGCUUUCCACGUCUGAUGAUACACCAGGACAAGUUCAGCGAUACAUGAGGAAGAGCUACGCAGGACCAGCUGAGAGAUGAAGAGCAUAACCAGGCUGUUCUGUCUGCUUCACCCGGUUUCCUUCUGGCAAAGGGAUGGCUCACAACAACUCCACCAGCCUACUGUCCAACCAGACGGCAGACUUCAACAGCGUCUUCACCCUGAAGAUCCUGCCCCUGCUCUACUUUGUGAUCUUUCUGGUGGGUUCGCUUCUGAAUGGCGGAGCCGCCUGUAUCUUCUUCAGAGUGCCCGCCGACUCUGGGCUGGUGGUCUACCUGAAGAACAUGGUGGUGGCCGACCUCCUCAUGCUGUGCACCUACCCGUUCAGGAUCGUGGCUCAGCUGGAACUCGGCGGCUGGUACAUCCACGUGAUCGUCUGCCGCUACAGCGCUGUGAUCUUCUACUGCUCCAUGUACAUGGGGAUCCUCUUCAUGGGCUUAAUUAGCCUCGAGCGCUACGUCAAGAUUGUCCGAACCUCCCCCUCCUCCGUCACCACCACCUCCUGCAGGACAAGAGUAGCCAGGAUCUUUUCCCUGCACCACCUGCAGAACCCCAAGUGUGCCCGGGUGUUGGCCGUCCUCUCUUGGACCCUCCUCACCGUUUUCCUCAUGCCCAACAGCUUGCUGACGAGCAAGGAAGCCAACGAGGAAAACGCCCGCAAGUGCAUGGAUCUGAAGACGGCGCUGGGCAAAGAGUGGCACCGGGUGUCCUCGAUCUUCAGCGUCUCAAUGUUCUGGGUGACUCUGGCGGUCCUCGCCUUCUGCUAUGCCUCCAUCUCCCGCCGCAUCUACCAGUCAUACCGCCGGGUUCGCUGCGAUAACAGCGACGUCUGCCGCAAGUCCAACCGGAGCAUCUUCAGCAUCCUGGUGGUGUUCUUCAUCUGCUUCGUGCCGUACCACGUCUGCCGCAUCCCCUACACGCUGAGCCAGAUGCCGGAGUCGGGCUUCAGCCGGUACGCCCGCUUCCUGCUGCUGCAGGUGAAAGAGGGGACGCUCUUCCUGUCAGCACUCAAUGUCUGCCUCGACCCUGUCAUCUACUUCCUCAUGUGCCGAACCUUCAGAGAGUCGCUGCUGAGAAAAGUGUCACGGCGAGAGAGGAGGAGGAGGUCCCUGACCACGGCGCAGAGUCUGAGCAACAUUUAGGAGGCGAGGAGAGGAGACAAGGCAAAUAAGGCAGAGGCAAGGAGAGGAGAAGACCACGGCUUGCAUUUAGGACGAGAGAGGAGGAGACGCAAAAGCUAAAUGUUGAAGCUGAAAUCAUGUAUUUUUUUUAUUUGCUGUAAUAGAACUGCUCUCUUAUGUUUGUUUCUCAGUCUGAUAGAAAAGUGUGUAAAUCAGGAGUUUUAUGUGUAAAACAGAAACAUGAAUGUAUAUUUAUAUUCCUUUAUGUGUACAUAAGAGAAGUAUUCAGAGCUUCAGUUCUUGGUUUUAUUUAUUGUUCUGACCAAAAGCAGGACAGAGAGGACAGGAAAGGUCAGAGAGGAAGAGGAAGUGUUGAUGUGGAAGUGAAACUGAACUGUGAUGAGUGGGCAUCAAACCUGCAGCAUUAAAGUCCGUUCAUGGAGAAUCUGCUGAUUUGCUCACGAGUCGCCUCUUUUUAGAAGCGCGUGUCAAACCGCAGGACGAGCAGUAAUCUGACUGUGAUGUCGUAGCUGCUGUCAGAGUCAUUACAACUGCUUUAUGACGUCUGUAUUUUAA